AGAAAAAAAGAAAAAAAAAACAUAUUAGAAAUUAGAAAAAGGUGAAUCUAGUUAACCCAUUGUAGCAUAUGAUAAACCCUGAAAACCUCUAUACGUGUUUAUCAUGGCAGCAAAAGCAUGCAGAUCGAUUUAGCUUCAUUCCUGGGAUUAAAAAAUUUUCUGGGUUUUUCAUUGUUAGGCUUUUUCCAAUAUUGAAAUUGGAAAAUUAAUUAUCAAACUUGUUCUCUGCUUAGUGAAGGAGAAGAAGAAUGGACUCAGCAUUUUCAUCUUUUUCCAAAGGAUCAUUUUCUUCAAGUCUUGGAGAUUCCGCAGAACUUGAACAAAAUCUAACACUCAGCGACAGAAUUAAGGUUUUCAAAUCUUCACAGUUCAAUCCCGACAACUAUGUCACCUCCAAAUGCCAAAACAUGAACGAGAAGGAAAUAAAGCACCUUGUUGCAUACCUUGUUGAUCUAAAGAAAGCUUCUGCAGAGGAAAUGCGUAUAAGUGUUUAUGCUAAUUACUCUGCUUUUAUUCGAACCUCCAAGGAGAUUUCUGAUCUUGAAGGAGAGCUACUUUCAAUGAGAAAUCUGCUAUCCACUCAAGCAACAUUGGUUCAAAGUCUAGCAGAAGGAGUUCGAAUUGGUUCGUUAACAAGCGGUGAUGAAGAUUCAACAGAAGAAGAAAUGUCCAAUGAAAGCAAAGAACUUUCAAAGACUGAAAAAUGGUUGGUAGAAUUCAUGGACACCAUUGAAGUUCUUCUAGCUGAAAGAAGAGUGGAUGAAGCUUUAGCAGCUUUGGAUGAAGGAGAUCUUAUAGUAGAAGAAGCAAACGACAGACGAACUUUAAGCCCGGCGGCAUUAUUAUCAUUGCAGUCUGCAAUCACAGAACAAAGACAGAAACUUGCUGAUCAACUCGCCGAGACAAUGGGGCAGCCUUCUGCUCGUGGCGCCGAGCUUCGUUCCACCGUUCAAGCUCUCAAGAAGCUCGGAGACGGGCCUCGUGCACACCAGCUGCUUCUCAAGUCUCAUGAGCAGAAAUUGCAGAGCAACAUGCAGAGCUUUAACACGUCUUGCACUUCCACUGGGGGAGCUCAUACAGCAGCACUUUCUCAUAUUGUUUUCGGUACGAUUGCUCAAGCAGCAACAGAUUCAUUGGCAGUUUUCAGUGAGGAAUCUGCUUAUGCAUCUGAGCUUGUAACUUGGGCCGUGAAGCAGACACAGAUUUUUGCUAAUCUUCUGAAAAGGCAAAUCCUUGCUCCAUCAGCAGCUUCAGGGAGUCUAAGACUUGCUGCCGAGUGUGUUCAAAUAUGUUUAGGACAUUGUUAUCUGUUAGAAGCUCGGGGUUUGGCUCUUUCUCCUGUUCUUUUGAGAAUCUUUAAGCCCUAUGUUGAACAGGCUUUGAGUGCUAAUUUGAAAAGGAUUGAACAGAGCAGUGCUGCAUUCGCUGCUGAUGAUGAUUGGUCAUUGGUUUAUUCUCCUGUUGGUUUAAGAUCAAUGGGUUCUGCAAUGUCUCUUUCUAGUCCAAAACUUUCAAGCAGUGCUCAUAGAUUCAAUUCAAUGGUUCAGGAACUUGUUGAGGAUGUAGGCCCACUAGAGAGCCUGCAGUUGGAUGGUGCAGCUCUGGAAGGUAUUUUACAAGUGUUCAACUCGUACGUGAGUUUGCUGAUAAAUGGUGUACCUGGUUCAAUGGAAAAUGAAGAGAACCUUGAUGGUUCUGGUAUUAAAAUUGUGAGGAUGGCAGAGACUGAAGCACAACAAUUAGCUCUGCUAGCCAAUGCAUCAUUGUUAGCAGAUGAGCUACUCCCUCGCGCAGCUUUGAAGCUUUUUCCAUUGAUGCAGCAGACUAACAAAAUGGAAACUCCUAAAAUAGCUCCAGGCCGUGCGCCGGAGCAAAGGGAAUGGAAGAAACGCCUGCAGCGUUCUGUUGAUCGUCUGCGUGACAGCUUCUGCAGGCAGCAUGCCCUUGAUCUCAUCUUCACUGAAGAAGGCGAAACACGUCUCCAUCCGCAAAUGUAUAUUGGUAUGGAUGGAAAUGUUGAAGAGCCUGAGUGGUUUCCUUCUCCAAUUUAUCAGGAACUAUUUGCGAAACUGUCCCAGAUUGCAAGCAUUGCAACAGAUAUGUUUGUGGGUAGAGAAAGAUUUGCAACUGUUCUAUUGAUGAGACUCACAGAGACUGUGAUCCUUUGGCUUUCUGAUGACCAAAACUUCUGGGGAGAAAUAGAAGAAGGACCAAGGCCGUUAGGUCCUUUUGGCCUUCAACAGUUCUAUUUGGAUAUGGAGUUUGUGAUGCUAUUUUCAUCACAAGGAAGAUACCUUUCCAGGCAUCUAAAUCAAGUUAUAAAGAAUAUAAUUGCAAGAGCUAUUGACGCAGUUUCUGCUACUGGAUUAGAUCCUUUCAGGGUAUUGCCAGAGGAUGACUGGUUUGCAGAAGUGGCACAAAUAGCAAUAAAGAUGUUAACAGGGAAAGCUAACUUUGGCAAUGUAGAAGGAGAUGUUACUAGCCCCACUGCAUCUGUCUAUUCUCAGUAAUCACAGACUCAUCCAGUUGGCCAAUUCCUUAUCCAUAAUCUUUAACAUAUAGCCCAAUUGCCUCCGAACUGUAACAUCAUAUGCACUUGCCAUCUUUUUAUUUGAGACGG